AAUGAAUGGGGCAAGCGAGGUGCAUAUGAGACUAAGCUAUUCGGCCUUGGCUUUCAUAGGGAUGGAUGUUACCAGGCCACAAGGGUCUGUGCACAAAGUGUGCGCUGGACGAUGGAGAAGAGAGCGCGAGCACUGCCACUGAUGCGGCGAUCUUGCUGCGAAUCAUCAUAUCCGAUCCCAGUGCCCUCUACCUUUGAAUAUGGCUCUAGCGAGACGCAGUUUGACUCAGGGCCGAUGAACUCUUUGUACUCGUCUUUUCUUGGAGGCUGAAGGCACGGUUGUCGGUCUACGCUGGUCGUCGAGGUGCAUCACUCACCAGCAAGUUUGUCCUCGACCAAGCACCAGAGUGGAGUGUCGCACCGCUGCUGGAUGGAGGACUAGUCGAGAGGCAUUGUACUGAAGAGGUCUUUAAUCUUUUCCGAGGUCUGUGCUGGCUUUCCAUAACGCGGCCGUCCGUCGACCUCGCCGGGUGUUCUCAAUCCUUUCGAGGUUUUCGAGCCCCCGAAAGAACUUGAUCUGAAUCCUGUGCCAUCAUCCGCGAACCGCCGUCCGACGCACCUCCCACCGCUCUGACCCGCGACAGCUACGGGGAAUGUUCGACCAAACGCGCCAAACUGCCAUGACCUGCUUUCGCGUCCUCGGCCCAUGUUCAACCAACAUGUCGACUUUCGUUGCGGUGCGCCUUGGCUACAGCGCGCAUGCUGCGGCAAUCUACAUCGCCCUUGGGAGUGCCACAACAUUCCUGGCGUCUCAUCGGUCGAUAUACGCUACACGUCGAGGUGUUGGGGGGCCUGUGUGCUGUUGUUCUUGACCCCUUCCUGUGAGACUCCAGGGCUUCUUCUCAGCGUCAUCCCUCUCGCAAUGGACCGGACCGACUUCGCCUUCGCAUCGGCUCAUGGCCUGUUUGCUCCUUUCUGCUCUCGGAAACAUUAUCCAUUCGCACGAACGUUCUACCCAGAUAAACUGGGAAGGCUCUGAAACCCUUCACAAACGAAAGCAGACGCCAUGUACGGAAUGAAGAAGAGAGAUAAGCAAGAUGAUCCCAUUUGUACAGCGUCCGACUUUGGUGCGCUCGUGACGAACAACGAAUGCCGGUGACGCUUUUUGGAAGCAGCGUCCACCGCAGGUGCUGGGCCCCUUCUCAGGGCGGGUGUUCCAACGUGCUCGACGACGAGGGGAACGUCCGAUCGGACGAGGGUGGACAGAUCGACUGGCGUCGGCGGGACAAACGUCGAAUGGCGACGAGAGAAGCGUUUUUGGAGAUUGGGUGUGAGCAUGGGUGUGAGCAUAGGAGCUUUCGGCAGAGCGGGUGCUCGGUUAACUGCAAGGAGAUAGGAAGGGCGGUCAGAGAUGUGGGGCAGCUAAGCGAUUGGGGAAACCACUGACGCUCUUCCUCGGUCAAGACGACUUCCUUCCUGAAGCAGACACCCGUGACGGUCUGGCUGGGCUUCGCGGGGGAAUCCAUGAACAGGAUAGCGGCGAGGUCAUUAGAGAACGUCUCGGGAGGGUUUCUGACUGGGAGCGGAUCAGUGUCCGAAUGCCCCGUCAGUGUAUGGGACGGCCACUCACGCUGUUCCUCCGAUAAGACCACUUGUCGCUCAAAGCCGGCCCCAGCGAUAUCUAGGCUGCCGGGAGGUGACUUGGCCUCGUGCGAGGUGGACGAAACCGACGACAAAGAGGACGACGAGAUGAACGGCUUUGGGGGUGGUGCAGGCUUCCUCGUGCCAAAGGAGAAGAAGUUUGGGAUGGUUCGGCGACGGAUCGUAUCAGAGGACGAUGGGCUGGAGCGGAUGAUGUGCAUAAUCGUUAUAGGUAAGGGGGAUAUCAUUCAGUCUACAUCCCCCAGCCAAGAUUUGUACCUCCGGGGGUGUCUCAGACAUGCUCAAAUCCGCUGGCCUCCGAGACGACUUGCGACAGGGGAUGUCUGAGCUGGAAUCGGCAACUGAAUGUUCGAGUCGCUCACCACGCACCCGCAACGUCAUUGAUUGCUCCAAAGCAUCCGCUUGGGAGGGCUGGCCAAGCUCGAUUAUCACAUCACAGCAACUGCAGGUUGCGAUUAUGACAAGCUGGAAUCCCAGGAACUCGUGCUCAUAGAACGAGCCGAAGAUCCUCGCGUACGAUGCUGCAGAGUAUGUCCUAUUUGCAAUACAAAACAGGCAGAUGAACAUUCUUUAUGUCUGUGGGCGGAGCGGAUGCG